UCAUCCUUGAGCGAAACCUCUUUUGAAAAUUUAUUUAUUUUAAUAAUAUUGUAUUCUAAGGAAGAACAUUUAUUUUAGCACUGAUAACCAAGUUUUCCCUAACCUGUAACCUGUGCUAAAAUUAUUAGAAGGUCCAACAACCCUUUGUAGGCCUAACCUAGUUUGAGUUUAACUUGUAAAAUGGACCCCAGGAAAAAAAGUACAGCUGUGUCUUAUCACUUGGGAGAAAGCAAUUUUCUGAGUUCAUUUUCACAACUUAAAGCAAGUCAAUCUUUCGAACCAACUCCUAAAAAGCCUAAACUAGAAAUAACAAAAAAUGCGAAGACACCAAAAUUUGGAACCCUUUCACAAUCUGUCAACCAGAAGGAGACUAUUGACGACAUGUUAUGGGGAGAAUUGGAUUGUGACGAACUAAACUUAGCUCAACUUGAUUAUGAUGAAACAAUUGCUUUGUCCCAGAUGCCAAUUAAAUCACAGAAUAGCAUCAAUAACAUUCAAGAAGCCAAAAAAUAUUCAACAAAUUUAAAAAAUAAUGCCAAAGUUCCCAUUCGAAGAUUCAACAGCAGCCAGUGGCCAACGUCAUCAUCUUCUUUCUCUGACAAGAACUCUGCGGUUAACAAAGCCUCUGGUAACACUGCUGCGUUUCUUCAGAGCGAGUGUGACAAGCUAAAACUAGAAGUAAUGAAAAUGAAAGAAGAAUAUAAUAAGAAAGCUGGAGAGGCAACACUCCUCAGGAUGAAGAUGAAGGAUGCUGAAAAACAACAUGAAAAAAUAACACAGGUCCAUCUGAGUAAGAGAGCUGAAAUGAAAAUAGAAUCAGAAAAACGCAUCAGUAGUCUUCAGAAGGAGAUUCAAUCAUUGAAGGGACAGAUUGAUGUGAAGAAUAUGGAACUAAAAACAGCUGAAAGAAGAUCACAGAUGACUUCAGUUCAUAGAAUUCAACCAGAUUCUCCAAACAGGCUUGGUGCUUUAAGGCCAGGUAAGGAUGGUACAGAGGAGUGGGACAGCAGCAACGUGAUAAAAGACCCAAGUCUCAAGUUCAUCAGAGACUUUGUUACGUCGGAGCUGCUAAACCCAUCACCAGCCGAGGCCUCCGAGACCACACGCUCCUACGUACCUCGACUGUUCAUAGGCGAGGGAAGCAGUACAAGUAGUGGUAGAUGUACCACGGUCAGAAGAGAGCUGUCCAUCUCUAACACUUGCAUCACUCAAUGUGCAGCCAUGUUGUUGUCUCCCGAUCUAGUGGACGUCACUAGUGAUUCUAGCCAGGAAGUGUUAUCACAAGUAGUGAAUGUGUGCCACAAGAUUCUCGUGGAGUUUCUGAAGCAACUGGAAUCCACGACAUGUUCCAACAAUCAGUUUACUAAAAGAGAACGAGAACUGAUUCUGUCAGGUUUUCGACAAUUAUCUCUGGACAAGGAGUAUGAUGACAUCAUUUCUCACAGAGAGUUGUACAAUGAUGAGAGAGGGAUCACGGCAAGAAGAGCUUUGGGCCUGAUAUCAAUACUUGUAGAGGCGUCACAAACCACAGCUCAGAAAAUAAUUUCAAGCAGCUCAAAGGAAUCUGGUGACAUUUUGGAUACUGUGAAAAAUAUUGUCCGACAAAUUGAAAAACAGAGGAAAACCCUCAGGUUCCAAGGAGUGCUGGCAGGAUCUGUCUCUCUGAUACUAAGUAUGCUCAAUUCUAACCAGGCUAUCUCCAAGGAAACCCAAACACUGAUAGUGGAUGUGCUACGAUGGGCUGUUUUGGCGAGACCUGGAUGCCUAGUAAUCCACAAGAUUCUCCAAGUAUUGGUUGCAGCGGUCAGGUUUCCACACAUCAUUGACUCUUUGUGCCAUAACUCGGCUGAGAAGACUUUCAAUUUCAAGGAAAAGUCGAGUCAUAUUCAGUUCACACCAGACUCUUGUAUACUCCAAGUGUUGUGCAGUCUGCUGAGGGCUGUAGUCACCCCAAGGAAGCACCAGCUGACAGAUGUGUGGACUGUGUGGGUGUUGUCGCUGUUCUGUAGUGGUCAGUCUCGUCCAGCAUGGCUCACAGUCAAGCCCACUGCCAAGUCUUGUCAGUGUCACUCUCUUGUGUGUGAACUAAGCUUACAUCUACUUAGUGACACCUGCUAUGCUUACCCUUCAGCGAGUAAAGCAGACCAAUCUGUAAUGGAGAAGGUGUUCGACCGAGGUGUGCUCCUGGUGAGCGCCUUAAUGAAUCUAGACGAACACUUUCUAGCCAUCGUCGACUUUCACAGCCUCGGCUGCUACGAAUACUUUCUGCACUUCAUGAGCGAAUCAAAAUUUAGCUUGAACAGCACAACACGAGAUACUCUGGAAGUUCUAUGCAGCCAAGAAGAAGUGCUGAAACAACCUGGACAUUCACCAACAAAAGAGGACCAAAAUACUAGGUUAAAACAAUCUCUCCGCUGCUUUAUACAAGGAGAUAGUGAAAAACCAUGUUCAGUUGUUUUAGAUGAAAUUGAUGAUCUGUAAAUAUUAAUGUUGGUUAAUUUAAAAUAGUUGGCGAUCGCAUCAGUAUACGAAGUAGACUAUUAUGACUAGAGAGCAAGAGAGGUCUAUGGGCCAAACCUUUUUACUUUGGGUCGGGUAGAAAAUUAUUUCCUGCACAAACUAAUUGUCUCUAGCCAAAUAUCGGUACCCACAGAUCCCUAAUUAUGACUAUAUGGCUAAAGCAGGAUGGUUCUUGGAUUACAUUUGACAGAAUGCUUAUUAAACAUGGAACUAACUAAAUGGAAUGCUGUCCUAACCAUGAGUUUCAUUUAACCGAUGAAGGUAAACUUCAUUACUAUCACCUCUUAGAUUAUCCUAAUCACGGAUAGACCAAUUUAGUUUAAUAAUAUGUACUUUGAAAUGAUACUUAAACUUAUGUUCCAAAUAUCUGUAAUAUCACUAGGGUUAAAAUACUUGUUAGCUGUAACCGUUAAAGAUGAAAAAAAAAAAUGCUUCCUAGUUAAGUUCAUUUGAUUGUGACAAUCUGUAAAAAACUAAGAACUAUAAAAUUGUAUAUUUUGCAAGAGUUUUGUGUUUUAACUUUUUAAUUUGAUUGUUUAAUAUAUUUUUUAUUAAUAUUUGAUGUUGUACAUCUAAAACUUAUUGAGGCUUAAAAUCACUUUAACGCAGAAUUAUAUUUAUGUAUUUAUGAUGCGAGAUGCAAUGUAUGUUUUAGUUAUGAGAGGAUGGUUACUUAUAUGAAAUGUUGCAUGGCAACAUAUUUGUAUAAUUUAUAACUUGUUAUAUCAGCCAUUUAGGGUAGUGAUGGACAAGACUAUAUUUUUUCACUUUGAGACGAGACAAGAUUUUUUUAAUUCCUGUGGGACGAGAUUUAACAAAAAGUUAUAAAAGAAUUACUAUCUACUUUUAAAGUUCAGAAAUAUUUACAAAUUUUAAAAAAAACUUGGCAAAAAAUAUACAAAAAUAUUUAAAAUCUUUAUUAAAAAACAUUAAUAAAAACAUCAGUAUAUAAAAAAAUAUAUUGAUAAGGCCUAACUUAUUAAAAUAACUCUUCGGCAUAGGAAGCAUGGAGAUAUCAGUUGGUAUACAAUAUAAUUCAACUUUGAAACAUAUCAAAAACAACAGUAUUACUUCUUACUAGUUAAGUAUCAAGUAACAAUUUUUAAGUCUUGUGGUAUUUUUAUAAUGAUUUUGGAGUGACUUAUUUGAUGAGUGACGGAAUGGUACACAAGUGGGUAAGGGCAUCUAAAGACGGCCCCACCAACGUCCAUGAUGAGCAACACACUGGGUACUGGGGACAGUGACGCUGCCCAGUGCGUUGCUCAUGAUGGGCGUUGGUGGGGCUGUCUUCAGAUGCCCUUCUGUGUUCGCUGGCCCUUACCCACCUGCGUACCAUUUUGUCACUCAUAAAUGUUCUUGACAUACACCUCCCUAAUCUGUCGAUAAGUUUCAAUGGCUUUUACACCUUUAGCACCUAAAACUCUAAUUACAGCGCGCACUUCAUAGUCGGCGGCAGUCUCAAUUGGCGGCAUCAUUUUGAAUGCUCGAUACCGGAUGUAAACACGGCCGAUUGUUGUCGAAUUUCCGGCUAGGGCUUGCCAAUAGAUGCACAUAUACAGCGAAAAUGUCCAAAACGCCAUUCGCAGCACUGCAACGGAGAAAUUUAAAAACGGUACUUACUUAAAAAACAUGCCUCGUAUUUUUGAAUUCCAAUUUUUUUUUUAGUUUUAAUUUCUAAAAAUUUUAUUUUUCUUAUCUUGUUUUGAAAAUAUUCCGUUAGUAUUUCAAUCCUGCCCGAAGCUUUGAGAUAAAAAAAAUCUUGAAAAAAUAUUGAAGUUUCGGGUCUUGUCCAUCACUAAUUUGAGGUAAUUUAACUUUUUGAUUAUUUCUCUGCUCAAAGCUUACUGCCACUUCCAUGCUAACAAACUGAAAUAAUUAAACUAGUAAUAUAAAUCAAUUUGGAUCAAUUCUCUGUAGAAAUAUUAAGAAAAAGAAGAAUGAAAAUGUGUGUAUGUUACAAUGGUUAGUAACAGAAAUCUUAUUUCAUGUACAAUCUAGCAUAUAAGUAAGGUAAGACUGUAAAACCAAUCUUUUAUUGGUUUUUUUAGGUAAAUAUGUCUACAUCGGAAUAUGAUCGUUACAAUCUAUUUAUUUCCAUACCUGUAAAUCUGUAAUAUAUUAUUUGUUUGUACACAGUUUAAUAACAUUGUGACUAUUGUUAAU